GUUCACCUUGACAUCUUCUAACUCCAACCGCCAAACAAAACCCCAAAAAUUAACCAGUAAUAAAACUAACCACUAAUCAGAUCGGAUCCGAUCCAAUAAAGAUGGCGGGGCUACUAGCGUGGGCAGCUGACGUAGUCCGAACCGGAGGUGGCUUAACCACCGACGACGACGAAGAAGAAUCCAUCCCGUUAAUAUUCAAUCCUGAACAACAAAAAUACAUUCGUGAGCUUAACAUUAAAGCAUCCGCUUUAAAACGUUCCGUACAAGACUUACGUCAGCGUAUCCCGCCCCCUGAUAUUUCGCAACGCUUACCUGAUCUUCACGCUCAUUCCCUUGCUUCUAAUGCUGCUUUAGCUCUUCAGUUAAAUGCUCACUCUUCCACUAAACAACAGGCACAACUGAGAGAAGUGACAUUGAAUGAAGAAAAUGCUGCAUUUGAAAAGGCUAUAUCGGAAUGUGAGGGUAAGCUACAGGAGAAGUUAAGAGAAGCUGAUCAACUUCGUGCUAAGCUAGAGGAAUUGGAAUCAACACCAACAACCCAAUUGCAAACUGAACAAUCUGCACCAGAUGGAAAUGAAUUGAGAGAUGCGGCUGAUUUUUCUAUUAAGUCAGAAGCAGGUGUUGAAGUGCAUACCCCAGCUCAAAUUUCCUUUUUGCAGGACAGUUUAGAGAACAAGAAAAAGGAACUGGCUUCGAUCGAAGAGAUUGUUCAGAACUUAGAGAGGCAAUGGUCUAAGGUUCAAGAAGAUUCACUAAAGCAGCCUUCGCCAGCUCAACGAGAGAAAAUGUUGGAUAAACAGCUUCACAGCCUAUUGGAGCAAUUAGCCGCGAAGCAGGCACAAGCGGAAGGUUUGGUGGGUGAAAUUCAUUCACAGGAAAUGGAACUAGAUAGGCUGAAUGGACUAUGGAGGAAGGUCGAAACCAGCAAUGCAGAGGCAAAUGCUGCCCGAAAUAGGUUUGGAAGAAGUAAUUCUGAUAAAGGAUAUUUGUCAUCUGAUUACAUUGUUGAUCCUCGUUACAAGCCCACACCUGGGCGUACAGAGGCCCUGCAGAGACAAAUGCUACUCAGGUCGGCUUUUGUGCUCUAUAUUCUCAUUCUGCAUGUAUUGGUAUUUAUCAAGAUAUCAUUUUAAAGAUUUCAUUUAUUGAUAAUUAGAAAAUUGUUGUAAAUAUAUGUUACAUGCCUGGUUGUGUACCUCCUGUAUCAAUAUGCUAUUCCUGAAGAACCGAGUCCCAAAAUUUUAAUCAUUCUUUUAAUUGAAUUUUCUUUCUUCGGCUUUGUGCU